UCGCUUUCUUGGUAACUUUGUUCGCUGCGCUUUGUUGUUACGUCGCUGAUUCCAAUGGGCUUUCCCUUCACAAAUACCCUCGUAGGAGUUGGAUGCUCCAUUUGGCUUGUCGGAAGGGAAAUUCCUCCGCUCUUCCAGUCACCCCCCUCCGCUCUGUGAUGCUACCAUGACGCACCACUAUAAUAAGCAUGGGCAGCGAUUCCCUCUGACGUCGCACUCGCUUCUGUAUAAAUACAGUGAGCGGUGGCCACUGAGAGAAAGACACAACAGCAGGAUUACUCGACCAGACGCCGUCAGAUUUAUUGGCACCACCUUGUCCUCGGUGUAUUGAGAGCAAUGACUUUGAACAAGAGUGACAAAUUGCGGAGCAUGGACAAGAGGAGAGGGAGCACCCCCUUCCCCGUGAACAUGACCCACCUGCACCGGAGAAGCAUGCCCGUGGACGACAGGGACCUGCGCGCCGCCACUGCUGUACACGCGAACGGACAAAGCGACGAGCUGUCCAAGCUGCUGCGCUGCACCUCGCACUCCCAGAGCGACCAGCACCGGGGCAGCUGCGCCUCCGACUCGUCCGACUCUGUCAUCUCCACCGGCAGCGAGACCGACUCGCAGGUGCACAAGGUGGUUCUCCUCGGGGAGCACGGCGUGGGCAAGUCGAGCCUGGCGCGCGUCUUUGGCGGAGUUGAGGACGCUGGUCACGACUGCGAUGAAGCAGGAAACACGUAUGACAGAUGUAUUGUGGUGGAUGAAGAAGAAUCAGCUAUUGUGCUCUAUGACAUGUGGGAACAGGACAACAGCCAGUGGCUCAAGGAGCAGUGCAUGAGGAUGGGCGACGCCUACAUCAUCGUGUACUCGGUGACGGACAAAUCCAGCUUCGAGAAGGCGUCAGAGCUGCGGAUUCAGCUGCGCAGGGCCAGACAGUCUGAAGAUAUUCCCAUCAUCCUCGUGGGCAAUAAGAGUGACCUGGUGAGGUCCAGAGAAGUCUCAGUCGAUGAGGGAAGCGCUUGCGCAGUGGUGUUUGACUGCAAGUUCAUCGAGACGUCGGCCUCCCUCCACCACAACGUGCAGGACCUCUUCGAGGGCAUCGUCCGGCAAAUCCGCCUGAGGAAGGACAGCAAAGAGGAGAACGCUCGACGCAUGGCCAGCUGCAGGCGCAGGGAGAGCAUCAGCAAGAAAGCCAAAAGAUUUCUGGGCCGCAUCGUUGCACGCAAGAACAAGAAGAUGGCUUUCAGGCAGAAGUCCAAAUCCUGCCACGACCUCACGGUUCUCUGAGAACCAAAUUGGACACGUGGACUUUUCUUUGGCCUCUGAAGACCCAACGCUGUGUGUGUGUUUUUUAUUUGAACACGAACUCAAACGGACUAAUUGAGCUGUACAGAAAUAUAUUUUACAUAUUUUUUUUUCCAGACACCAAAAGCUAAGUCUUCAUUAAAAGAAGACUUGUCAUAUCAUGUCACUGGUGUUCACGUGCAUGAGGCUUUGCAUAUCCAUUUCAUUUUGCCCGCCUUAAAAAUGUCAUAAUCUGAUCAGCAUGGGUUGAGAAACCCACUCGGGCCUUUCUUUUCCUUAAUGGAUUGCAAAGAUGGGCGUUCCAAUUUUGCUGGAAGGCACUCGUAUAGAAAUUGUACCACGAAGGAUGCUGAAUGCAACAUUCGUACAUCUCAUUAUGCUCCAAAAUAUAUUUUCCAUAAAGCAUCACACGUAGUCUGGAGUGGAAUUGACUUGAAGGUCGCUACGCAGGUCCGUGCCUCGGACAAGUUCAACGAAGCUGCAGCACAAAGAAAAUAACGACAGUCCGACUUUAACACAGAGUUACGUUUUUGAAGCAAUAUGUUAUUUGUCUUGUAGACAUUCAGGUUUUCUUUUUCGAUAUUGACUUUUGUUUUUCAAUAAAUUUAAAAUGAACAUAUUAAA